CGACGGGCGGCGACGCGGCGGCGACGGGGCGGCGACGGCGGCCACGGAGCCGCCGGACCGCCAGAUAGGCUUAGUUCCAUCCAGCAGACGAGUAAUAACAUAUAAGUACAAGCGUUCUUUGGGGAAAACACAAGCACAAGCGUUCCUUGGGGGAAAAAGCAGCAUGUAAGAGGGCCCAGGGGGCGAACCACAUGACCCCAGAGUGCUCCUUCACCCCAGGACCCUGACGGACAUGACGGUUCACUGUUUGCCACGUAUCAAUACCUUGUGGAAGAGUGUGAGUCUGAGUAUUGCUUGUACUUCAACUCAGACAUCUUAGUGCACCAGGGAGGUGGGAUCCAUCAUGCGGUAAGACUUCUUCAUCAGCAUCCAGACCUCGUCUUUGCUCUGCCGCCGUUGGCAGGUGACGCCGCCAAGGAUGACGCACAACUGCCAGCAAAGUACAUGAACGGCGAUUUCAAGUACCCUUACCCACUUCCAAUUGGUAGGCUGCCAGCUGACGCGCAGAAGGAUGAACGACAGGUCUGCGCCCGUGGUGCCUCCACGCUGAGCACGCGCUACUACGUGGCCCACCCGGGUCGUUUCCGUAAGCUUUUGCCUUUGAGGGCAGUGAGCGCCCAACUGCUCGAGCAGCACGAAGAUUUAGGGAGACGCAGUGCAGCCACUAGGUGCGCAUCGAGCUAUGGCUGGGUGGUACAUCCUCCUCCGUGGGGUCUAGGUCACCGGUUGUUCGGCGCCUGCGACUUCAAGGCGCUGCAGAAGGCGGUUGACAACUCCGAAUCCUUGGCUGUAGAUGUAUUCAACAAUAUGAUCAUGGAGAGUUGGAUGGACGCGUGUGUUCGGUACAUGUGAAGCGGAACCGAGGGAUACAAACACAUCAUCAAGUUGCCUGCUGUGAUCCCGGUCGCCGUGCCAUCGCAGCAUCAAAGCGCAUACCUGAGGGUUCUACCGAUGCCAUUCGAACAAGCUUGGU